AUGGCAACCAAGAUUUCUGAUCAACAACUGUUUGAUGUUAACAAGUUAGCUGCAACCAAAGGCUUCAACAUCAAACCAAGAUUAACCUAUAACACUGUUGGUGGUGUUAAUGGUCCAUUGGUUAUAUUGGAAAAGGUGAAAUUUCCCCGUUAUAAUGAAAUUGUCAAUUUAACACUACCAGAUGGUUCAGUGAGACAGGGGCAAGUAUUAGAAGUCAGAGGUGAUCGUGCUAUUGUCCAAGUUUUCGAGGGUACCAGUGGUAUUGAUGUCAAAAAAACUACUGUUGAAUUUACCGGGGAAAACUUGAAAAUACCUGUCAGUGAAGACGCUUUGGGUCGUAUUUUUGAUGGUAGUGGUAGACCAAUUGAUAAUGGUCCACAAGUUUUUGCUGAGGAUUAUUUAGAUAUCAAUGGAUCUCCUAUUAACCCAUAUGCCCGUAUUUACCCUGAAGAAAUGAUUUCCACUGGUAUAUCUGCUAUUGAUACUAUGAAUAGUAUUGCUAGAGGACAAAAGAUACCAAUUUUCUCUGCAAGUGGGUUACCUCAUAAUGAAAUUGCUGCUCAAAUCUGUAGACAGGCUGGCUUGGUCAGACCAACCAAGGAUGUUCAUGAUGGACAUGAAGAAAAUUUCAGUAUUGUCUUUGCUGCCAUGGGUGUUAAUUUAGAAACUGCCAGAUUUUUCAAACAAGAUUUUGAAGAAAAUGGUUCCUUGGAAAGAACUUCUCUAUUUUUGAAUUUAGCCAAUGACCCAACCAUCGAAAGAAUUAUUACUCCUCGUUUGGCAUUAACUACAGCAGAGUACUUAGCUUAUCAAACCGAACGUCAUGUCUUGACAAUUUUAACAGAUAUGUCUUCAUACGCCGAUGCUUUACGUGAAGUUUCUGCCGCCAGAGAAGAAGUUCCAGGUAGAAGAGGUUAUCCAGGUUAUAUGUACACAGAUUUGUCUACUAUUUAUGAGCGUGCUGGUAGAGUUGAAGGCCGUAAUGGUAGUAUUACACAAAUUCCAAUUUUGACCAUGCCAAAUGAUGAUAUCACACAUCCUAUUCCUGAUUUGACGGGUUAUAUUACAGAGGGACAAAUUUCUGUUGAUCGUCAAUUGCACAAUAAAGGUAUUUAUCCACCUAUUAAUGUUUUGCCAAGCUUAAGUAGAUUAAUGAAGAGUGCUAUUGGUGAAGGUAUGACUAGAAAGGAUCAUGGUGAUGUUUCUAACCAAUUGUAUGCUAAGUAUGCCAUUGGUAGAGAUGCUGCCGCUAUGAAAGCCGUUGUUGGUGAGGAAGCUUUGAGUAUGGAAGAUAAAUUAUCUUUGGAAUUUUUAGAAAAAUUUGAAAAAACGUUUAUCUCUCAAGGUGCAUAUGAAAAUAGAACUGUUUUUGAAAGUUUGGAUCAAGCCUGGAGUUUGUUGAGAAUUUAUCCAAAGGAGAUGUUGAAUAGAAUUUCUCCAAAGAUUUUGGAUGAGUUUUACGACAGAACCAGAGACGAUGAAGAAGACCAAGAUAAGAACCAUGACGUUAGUAAAGGCCAAGAACAAUCUUUGAUUUGA